UGAGGAAAAUGGCGGAAGAUGUAGAGAGUGUUCCUGAUAUUACCACACAAAAGCAAUUAAUUCAGGCUCAAAUAGGAAAGACGAUGGUUAAAGGGCAGACAUGGUAUUUGAUUGACAGUAAAUGGUUCAAGAGCUUCAAACAUUACGUUGGAAUGGAUGAUGCAUGGGACACAUCUAGUGGCACAGACAGUCAUCCUGGACCUAUUGAUAACAAUCCAUUGUUUAAUGACGAUGGAAGUGGCAGCAUAAAGGAGAAUUUGGUUGAUGAACUGGACUAUGUGUUAGUGCCAAGCGAAUCGUGGGACUUGUUGGUUCAGUGGUAUGGUACAGUGGACCACAACACAGCCAUUUCUAGACAGGUUGUUGAAAAUGGAGUUUUUGUGAAGCAUUGCAAAGUGGAAGUAUAUCUGCUAGAAUUAAGGCUUUGCAAAGAUUUUAAUCUUGAAAAUGAAAUUCGGCAUAAAUUUAGCAAAAUUGAUACAGUAGGGCAUGUUGGAAAGACUAUGAGAAAGCUGUAUGAGAUACCAGAUGAAGUGGAGACAAGGAUUUGGUAUUGCUGCGCUCCAAAUGAAUUUAAUGAACUCACUAAAGAGGAAAGUACUGUCCAAGAUUCAGGUCUCUGCCAAAACCAACUGUUGGUCAUAGAAACUCGAUCUGAAGAUGGAAGUUGGAACCACCAAACUAAGAAAACAUUGGGCACAUACCCAAUGAUGACAAAUGUAUCUGUAUCCGACAAGAGCUCCACUGCCGGUCCCAGUAGUAUCAUGUCAACACGGUUCAACCCAUAUAGCUACCCAACUGAAAAUCGCUCUGCCCCUGGACUGUGUGGCCUCUGCAAUUUGGGGAACACAUGUUUCAUGAACAGUGUCCUGCAGUGCAUGAGUAACUGUCCACCGAUUACUAAAUAUUUCCUAAAUGAGGAGCACUUGAAUGAACUGAACGAAGAAAACCCUUUGGGGAUGAAAGGAGAGAUAGCAAAGGCAUUUGGGGAUUUAAUUAAGGUGAUGUGGUCUGGUAGAUACUCAUACACAAUGCCUCAUAACUUCAAACUUCAGGUGGGCAGAUUUGCCCCACAGUUUUCAGGCUACCAGCAACAUGAUUCACAAGAAUUGCUCACAUUUCUGUUGGAUGGACUACAUGAAGAUCUCAAUAGAAUUAAAAAGAAGCCAUAUAUAGAACUUCAAGAUGCUUCUGGUCGUCCUGACAAGGAUGUGGCUAAGGAAGCUUGGGACAAUUACAGAAAGAGGAAUGACUCCGUUAUAGUCGACUUUUUUCAUGGUUUACUGAAGUCCACAGUCGUGUGCCCCGACUGUAGCAAAGUUUCAGUCACAUUUGAUCCAUUUUGCUACCUAUCUCUCCCUUUACCUACAAAAAAAGAACGAGCUUUAGAAGUACUCCUGUUCCAUUGUGAUGCUGCUCAGAAGCCUACCCGCUACACAGUAAUUGUGCCAAAAAAAGGCUUAAUCAGAGACUUAGUUACUAAUGUUGGGCGAUUAAGCAGCAUCCAUCCCGAUAAUUUAAUUGUAACUGAAGUAACAAGAAGUCACUUCCACAAAUUCUAUACCAACAAAGAUGCCCUGGAAAAAAUUGAUGACAAAGAUGUAAUUUACAUCUAUGAGAUGCCUGUUCAGAAUGAUACCCAUGUAAUUUUACCGGUGUGUCUAUGGGAAUCUUCACCAAAACUUGGGUUUUCCCAUGAACAGUUGUUUGGUGAUCCUCUAUUGAUAGCAGCACCAAGAAAAGGUUGCACGUAUGAUGUAUUAUAUCAGCUAGUGCUUCACAAAUUACAACGCUGUCUUCGCAUGCCAGAUGACAAUAGUUCAUGGUGGAAUACAAAAACCAGAAGAAUUCUUAAUGGCGAUUUGACAUUGAGUGAAGAUUUGCCAUCUGAUGAGAAUGAUAGAAGCUGCAGCGACAGCAGUGAUUGCAAUGGGGAACUUAUUCAGAGACGCUUGUUCAGCUUCUAUUUGGUCACAAGUGGUGCUGAUUGCAGCCAGGAUAUAGUAAAGAUCCAUAAUGAUGGAAAUCCACUUCCUUUUCCAACUUUAGAACAUAUGGGGCAGUCAUUCAUUGCUGCAAAAUGGGUGCCAAGAGACCGUGAUCAAGUCUUCUAUGACCAAUCACUGGAAGACAUCAAGGAUGAUCAGUCAACAAAGAGCAACCUUCAGACACUUAAAUUAAAAGACUGCAUUGAGCUUUACACUACACGGGAAAAGCUUGGAGCUGAUGAUGCCUGGUAUUGCCCAACAUGCAAGAAACAUCAGCAAGCCACAAAGAAAUUUGAUUUAUGGUGUCUACCUCGAAUUCUAAUCAUCCACUUGAAGAGGUUUGUUUACAAUAGAUACCAUCGAGAUAAAGUUGACCGAAUGGUUCAGUACCCUGUACGAGGCCUCAAUAUGUCAGAUUAUGUAAUAAACAAGAGUCAUCUACAAGCUGUGUAUGACCUGAUAGGAGUAUGCAAUCAUUAUGGAGGCCUGGGAGGCGGUCACUAUACUGCAUUUUGUCAGAAUCAGAGUGAUCACAAAUGGUACUUAUUUGAUGACAACUGUGUAUCUGAAAUUAAGGAACAAGCUGUUGUGUCAAGUGCAGCAUAUGUAUUGUUUUAUAUGCGACGUGACUCUUACGAUGAAGAGAUGGAACUCAAUUAGUAACAAAAGCUGGGCGAGAAACAUACAUGGUGCCACCAUCUUGUGCCUCUCCACAGCUCUUCACAUCUAUGCUGUGAUAGUAACGAGUAAAAAGUGAUGUGAAUGCAAAGCUACCCUUCCAAGGAACUUGUAUGUGUGAUUAUCAUUACAUAAGCAGGACUCUGGAGACAGGCAGUAGGUAAUAAAUGUAACUGCAAUUGCUUAAAAAGCUUUUGGGCUUGUUUUUCUUACUGUACCAGUAAUUUUAUCACGUGUGAUGUCUGGUUGAUGAACUAUAUUUCAGACUUGAUGCAUUCUGUUCUCUAUAAAUUGACAGUGGAUGGAAAUAUGUUUUGCAGUUGGGAUAAGGGAAACAAAAUGUAAAUUACAUGUAGGGACUGUGGGAAUGAGCAGUACAAGUGACAAGUCAUGGUGUGACUAACCUCUCAGGCCUCUCCCAAUAUUGUGCCUGCCGCGAUACUCCCUGUUGCCCGUCCAAGGAUUGAAGCAUUGUGUCCAUAUGGCUUUGAAAGUACUGGAUGUAUUGAGUUUCCACUUCAGUACUGUUAAUGCUGCUGUGUCUGUUACUGUUCCCAGCUCAGUGAGUACUGACAUCAGAAUUUCAUUUUUGGUACUUUAUUGCUCAUGUUGAGCAUAAUUAAACAAGUGGUACUUAACAUGGAUCACAACUACAUAUUGUAUAUUUCGGGGCAUUGCAAACUGCUCUGGCAUAAAAUUCACGUGAUGUGGAAGGGGUGUAUAGUGCUCACUGUGUCUGUUUAGUAAAGGUAUAGUUGUGUUUUUCAUUGUGACACCAAAUAUUUUGAUGCAUGUAGUGCAGUAUGUAAUAGAUAUAUUUAUUUCUCUUUAGUGUUUUCGUGGUUUGUGAUUUCUCUGUACCAAAACUUUGUCAGCAGGUGAACUCUAAUUGAAAUUAUUUUCUUUUACUUUCAUGGAUUUUAAUCAACAUCCAUUAGAACUUUGAUUAGAAUUUUUUGGCAACAAUGUGCAGUAUUUGAGAAGUGGUGCAAGAUAUUGGCUUUCAAGUUACUCUGCUUGCUCUGAGAGCCUGAUAUUACUCAGGGACGAAAAAAAGUGUAGUGUACUACUUAAUGCACACACAUCAAUUUCAAACGAACUCUCUUGUUUAUGAUAUCCUAGACACACAAUUAUUUGCAGGUAAUUUGCACACCAUUAUAAGGCUGUUGACAUGUAUUUAGCCAGCUCUCAUUUUUGUAAAGUUUGCAAAAUGCUUUGUAAAAUCAAGGGACAAAGCAUCUUAACAGAGUGGAAAUAUUCACUAUGCUACAUUUGGACAAUUGUACAUCUCUUGAGGUGAGAACUGUUUCUUGGUAAGUGGUGCUGUAUAUUUACAGAUGUAUGUGCAGAAGUGAAGGAUCUGACUUACUAAAGGACAAACAUGUAACUGAAAUUUUUCUGCCAUGGCCCCCCUCUGAGACAAUGUUUUAUGCCAACAUCUUUGUAUCAAACCCAGUUUGAAAAUUGAACAUGAUUUGAAUCUCAUGCUGUAAAAAAAAUAAAGUUAUCUCUGCUUCUUUAUGUAGUUACACGAAAAUGUAAGUACUUGAAGAGAGUGUAAUAAUUCAGAGAACUGUACCUGAAGUCAACAGCAAACCUAUUCUGUUCUGUCUCUCCUUUCGAAGGAAUGAGAGCUAAUUUAUAACAUAAAUAAGAACACCAUCUGCUCACUUCCCUGUUGCAAGGAUGUUCGUACAGUAGUAGGAAAUAGUUGUUUUACACACUAAUUUAAAUCAUCUUGUAAAAAUAAAUAUGUAUAGUUUGUUUCAUAA